AUGGAGGCUGAGGGGCUUCCCCAGGCGAAGAGGUGCUUCUGGGAGGCCCUGGAGAAGCUCUUCCCUCGUCUUUGUUUCCUGUGCUCCCUGGUGACCUACGCAUUGGUGGGAGCUGCGGUCUUCUCAGCCAUCGAGGGCAGCCAGGACCUGAGGGCAGAGGACCCGGAGUUUGAGGAGUUCUUGAAGAAGCUCUGUGACAUCCUGAAAUGUAACAGCACAGUUGAGGAAGGCCGGAAGCGGGACCUGGAGAAGCUGCUGCAGAAGGUGAAGCCCCAGUGGUUUAGCGGGUCUGCCGACUGGUCCUUCCUCAGCUCUCUCUUUUUCUGCUGCACGGUCAUCAGCACAGUGGGUUACAGCCACGUCUACCCCGUCACCAGGCUCGGCAAGUGCCUGUGCAUGCUCUACGCUCUCUUCGGCAUCCCGCUGAUGUUCCUGGUCCUCACGGACACGGGCGACAUCCUGGCCACCAUCUUAUCCACGUCCUACAGUCAAUUCCGAAGAUUUCCCUUCCUCCCUCCUCCCCUUCCCAAGUGGUGCUCCGGACGCUCCAGCAAAAGACGACCCGACUCCCGUCCCGCAGACGAAGCCGUCCCGCACGUGGUCAUCCACGAUCCGGAGCUCCUGGCCCCCAAACCUGUCCCCGCAGCCCCAAGCAGCAACAUGGAGCUGUUCGAGAGACUUCUGGCACGGGAUAAAGACAACGCCCUCCAGGUGCCCCCUCAGGCCAUGGAGAGGAGCACGUCAUGUCCCGAGCUGGGGUCCGGGCGGCUCUCGAGCUCCAUCAUCAGCAACCUGGAUGAGGUGGGGCAGCAGGUGGAGAGGCUGGACGUCCCCCUCCUCGUCAUCGCCCUCGUGGUCUUCGCCUACAUUUCCUGCGCGGCUGCCGUCCUUCCCAUCUGGGAGAAGCAGCUGAACUUCGAAAACGCCUUCUACUUCUGCUUCGUCACGCUGACCACCAUUGGCUUCGGGGACAUUAUGCUGGAACACCCUCACUUCUUCUUGUUCUUCUCCAUUUAUAUCAUCGUUGGGAUGGAGAUUGUGUGCAUUGCUUUCAAGCUGGUGCAGAACAGGCUGCUUUACCUCUAUAAAACCCUCAUACUCUUCUUUGCAAAUGGGAGGUUUUCCAGUUCUGUCCAAAAGUGA